GACUAAUCGUAAACGGGCUGCACACUGCCCUUCUUCUUCCUCCUCCUCCUUCUCUGCCUCUUCGUAUCCCACUCCCAAAGCUUCUCCCUUAACCCACGCACUCUCAUAAUGCAGUAGAGAGAGAAACGAGAAAGAUAAAGAGGGAAAGUUUUUCUUCUUGGGAAAUCAAUCAGUACUCUGUUUCUUCAUCAUCAUCAUCAUCUUCCUCUUCUUCUUCUUCAGGGUGUGUGGUUGGGUAGGUUUGAGAUUUUUCUUUCCAUUUUGAGGAUCAAUUUGAAUUGGGUUUUGUUUUCUGGACUUUUCUUUUGAUGGGUUCAGAGAGGGAAGGAAGAUCGAAGAUUGAGAAAGAUCCAGGAGAAACAGGGGAACGAACUGGGAAAUUGUACAGAGUCGGCCUCGUUUCACGUAUGGAACGUCCUCUGUUUCUUCCUUUAACUCUAAAGCUUUCUGCUACUUUGAACCACUGUUUGAGCUUCUAAAAGUUCCUCGUGUACACUUCAAACAAAUUACGCUUCGAAAGUUUUAGGGGUCCUUAAAAGGAUCUGAUUCAAUUUUGGGAGUUGUUUUCUUAAAUUUCUUCCGUCAUGAAGAGGCAUGGCAGCUCAGAUUCCUUGGGCGCUCUGAUGUCCGUCUGUCCUACUUCAGAGGAACAGAGUCCGAGAAACAGCCAUGUUUAUGGCAGGGAGUUUCAGUCGAUGUUGGAUGGCUUAGACGAAGAAGGCUCCAUCGAAGAACACUGUCAUGUGGGGGAGAAGAAAAGGAGACUCAGCGUAGAUCAAGUUAAGGCCCUGGAGAAAACAUUCGAGAUUGAAAACAAGCUCGAACCAGAGAGGAAAGUGAAGCUUGCUCAAGAACUUGGCCUGCAACCAAGGCAAGUUGCCGUUUGGUUCCAAAACCGUAGAGCUCGAUGGAAAACUAAGCAACUCGAGAGAGAUUAUGGCCUUCUCAAAGCCAAUUACGAAUCUCUCAAGCGUAGUUUCGAUACCCUUCAGCAAGACAAUGAUGCUCUGCUCAAAGAGAUCAAGGAAUUGAAAUCGAAGCUAGAGGAAGAAAAGACCGAGAGCAAUUUAUCAGUGAAGGAAGAGAUUUUCGUGUCGGAAUCGGACAAUUUACUAAUUGAACAAACAACUAAUCAUCUUCCGGUGGAUCAUAUCUCUCUUCCCGUUGCUUCAGAUCAUUCCGAUGACUUCAACUACGAAGGUUUCAGAACCGUCGGCGCUGAUGACGGCGAUGAUCAAAGAGUUGAAGUGUCGUUGUUCCCUGAUUUUAAAGAUGGGUCAUCGGAUAGCGACUCAAGUGCCAUAUUGAACGAAGACAACAGCCCAAACGCCGUCGUUUCAUCAGCGACUGCCGGAAUGCUCCAAAGCCAUCACCAAAUUAUGUCAUCUCCGGCGUCGUCUUUGAACUGCUUCCCGUUUCAAAAGGCUGCUUAUAAUAAUGCACAACAAUUUGUGAAAAUUGAAGAACACAAUUUCUUCAGCGGAGAAGAGACCUGUAAUUUAUUCUCCGAUGAACAAGCUCCCUCAAUGCAUUGGUACUGCCCCGAUCAGUGGAACUAAAAAUAAUAUCCCGAUCACCAGAGUAAAAUCUAGCGUUGGUAAUUUGCGAUGUGCAGAAUAAUAAAAUAAAAAAGAACAAAACCGUCGGAUUGGUGGGAUAGGGAGCAGCUGCCGGCUCCGGCGAGAGAAAGACGGUGGAGAGAGAGAGUGUGUGAGAUUCAGGUGGAUGAAACUGAAGGCAGAGGAAGAGAGUGUUCAUUGGAGUGAAGCUGUAAAAAAGGAAACUUUUAAGAGAUGGAUGGUUGGAUGAUUAGAACAAAUAUUGUAAUGAACAAAUAAUCAUUCCCUUUUGCUUUUUUAUUCCAUUCUUUUUCUCUCUUUUUUUUUUC